AUGAAAUCAUCAUUGGUCGCUACAGAGGCUACUGAUAGCCAAUAUGUCUUGCGUGAUCCUUAUGCUUCCAGAAGGCAUCUCAGAAUCUACACUGUGGUUUAUGAGAACGACGAGCCCAAUGAAUGUGAGACACUUGUCUAUGCGGAAGACUUGUCUCGCAAUGGAACAUACUGGGAUGGAAGCCUGAUUGGACGCGGGAGUGGUGGAUUUCUCCUCAGCGAUGGAAACGUUCUCACGCUGACUUCCAAUACUCAAUUUACCUUUACCGCAUUGCCGAGCCCUCAGAAAAACACUAGGUUUGAUCAGAUUCAAGAAAAUGAGAUGGCGGUAUGGUCCUUGGCUCCACUUCGAGACGACGCUGACCCAUCUCAGCAAUUUCGACAGGAAUACAUGAUAACAGAGAGAUUACUUGGUGCAGGAGCUUUUGGCAAGGUCUUCAUGGCAGUUGAACAAAAGUCUCGGUUGCAGGUAGCUUGCAAACUGGUUGAUCUACGGAAACUUGUCCCCUGGAGAGUUAACAGAUUCGGACCGCCUGAAAGACCGACUGCUGCCAAAGACUUGGGCUCUCAAUCUGAAAGACGAAGUUUGAGAGAAUGGGUCAACCAGCAAAAGAGAGGUAAGGGUGUCGAGGCAAAGAUGAAGCUUUAUCUCAGUAAGAUUGAGAUACUCACUUCGAUCAAUCAUCCAAAUAUCAUCGGCAUUGAAAAGGUCUUUAUUACCGAUGAUACGAUGUACAUGAUGCAGAACCUUGUCACAGCUGGCGACUUAUUCUCGUACAUCGAGUCACGACACGGAAAAUUGCAGGAAGCUGAAGCUGCUGCAAUAAUCCGACAGAUACUCAUCGCCGUGUCUUUUCUGCACAAGAGAAACAUUGUCCACAGAGACAUCAAGCCUGACAACAUUCUGAUGACAAGUUCCUCUGCUGGAUGUCGAAUCGUUCUGACCGAUUUCGGUGCCGCUCGAAGGAUUGAUGACCAAAGGGAUACGAUGUCCACACAGAUCGGUACUCAUGAGUAUGCAGCUCCGGAAAUGUUUUUUUCUACACACUUCCCAGGAAGAGGAGAGUGUCGUAAAUACACUCGGGCUGUAGACAUGUGGGCUUUGGGAUGCGUCGCAGUCGUACUUCUCACUGGUGGUUUAGCAUUCUGUGAUCCGGUAACCAACCACUACUCGGAAAAGCUAGCCAAAGACUGUGAUCUAGCCCAUCUUCAGGCCUCGUCUGAAUGGCAGCAUCUGAGGGACCGUCCAAGAUCCUUUGUCGAGAACCUCCUUGUGAUUGACGAAAAUGCAAGGAUGACAGCUGACGAAGGCCUCAACCACUGUUGGUUUUCCAAUGAGGCCCACAAAGCCGACUUCGAAGACCUCUAUCAACGAACGAUCAAAACCUGGCGUUCGAAACCUCCAAAGGACCCUGUUGUGGAGUUUCUGGACAGUGGCUUGAUUCAACAGCUGCCCUGCUCUCAGAAUUAUCUUGAAAAAGUCAAUAAGAAGUUCCUUCGCAGAAGUGGACACACACCCAUAGAGGAGCCCUUCAAACCUUUCCCACGCACGAUGCAUACUGCACUAUCACCUAGGAGAAGACCAAACGAUAAACUCUCUGACGAAAUUAGGCAGGCCAUUGACACCAAGUGGCCUCCUGUCUCAGAAUCCGCGGUCGUGUUGGAAAAAAGAACAAACAACGUCUCUGAAGGCCGACAGUCUCCGUGGUUCCGUAUUGAGUCAACACGACGAUUGAGAAGAACAACAGCGUCGCCUGCACCAGGGAAAGAGCCUCAACAGGCAGACUUGUCUCCACAAUCAAGACGAAGUAUGCCUUCCAUGCCCUUGAGAAUUCGCGACACUCGGAGUGAGAAUACUAAUUCUGCUGAAAGCAGCAGUGUGAAUACGGAUCCGCAAGAGGGACUGAAAGAGAAUUUUUCGCCAUCGUCACGAGCCCCAAGUGGCUCCCGCCUUGACAGAGAUGAAUCUCCUCCCUUUGGUGAUGGCUCUACCGGCCUUCAGCAGCAAAAGAUAAUCGUUUUGAAAUUAAGCAACAUAUCCGGAACCGUUUUGCACGAACGCUUCGAACACGAGCGGACUACAGGAGUCACCAUCGCGCCGUAUGGGACGUCAGAUGUACUUGUCACCCGUUCAGAGUCGCAUAGGUUGGUGCCAGUCAACGAACUCAAACCAUUACGAGAGAAUCCUAGCCCCGGGAAAGGCAGAACAUUGAAGAGAAGAGGGUCUCUGCUAAAUUUCCAAGCCAGUACAAAGGUCAAGCGACGCCGAGGGUCAAUUUAUGAUCUGGUAGCUGACAACGAUAGCGAUGGUGGUAAAUACUGA